GGUAACGAUACAUGCAGAAUUGAACAGUAUCACAUUCAACAUGUAGAAAAUGAGCAGUAGUGACACUCUCUGAUCAUGGACCCAUACUGGAGGCCACCUCCAAUGGAGAGGGGUGGAGAGAAGAUUCUUCAAGAGACCCAUCAGAACAGACCAUCCCAUUCCUCAAGCUAUCCAAGGAGACCUGGUCGAGGAAGCCAGGGCAGAGGAACUCAUUUCUCUCAUUAUCAUGGAGGACAACAACCUCACCCAAGAUUUUCUAGCAAACCCUCUUUCGCUGCAAGUCUGAAUUCUGCACAAGAUUACAACCCUGGGAGAAGGCAUAGAGAUGCAGGUUAUCACUCUAGAGGGGCAUCAAGGUCACAUGCAUGUAGCAGUUCAUCAGAUGGGAGACAAUCGAUCCCAAGAAUAAAAGAACACCCACCAAGUGGCCCAGGAAUGCACCGUUUCUCACCGCCAAGAGAACAUUAUACAACGGAUAGGCAAAAGGUUCGGAAGAGUAUGCACCUCUUUGAACAAGAUGAGAGAUUGCAGCAACCUCCUCCAGAACAAUAUCGGUGUCAUGAAUCAAGCAAUACUCCAAAUUCUGAAUAUUACAGAUCGUCUCAUACAUCUCCACCAAGUCAACAAGAAAAGGGUGUGCACCCAACUUACAGGUCACUAGCUUCAACAUAUACAAUGUCUGAGACCAAAGGAGGUGACCAUUCAAGGUCCCAUUCUCAGUCACAUGGAUCGGGAUACGCAAGUUUUAGGACAGAACCAUUUGAGCAUUGUCAAUCAAGGCAUCGUGGUGAAUCUAGUUCUCAUGUGAGCACUGUUAGACAUGGGUCAUAUCACUCAUCUGACACAAGGAAGAGACAUCACAGUGAAUUUGAUAUCAAUUCUGAGAGAGUAGAUCAAUUCAAAGAGAAGUCACAAGAUCGAUCAAGACAUCGGAGUGGUCCUUCCUCAAGGAAUGAUAAUGUAGAAAGGAAGAAAUCACAACAGUAUCCACAACCCAGAUCAAGAGGUCAUAGUGAAUCUAAUGAUAGAUGCAGUAAGGCGGAUCUUGUUUCUGGUAGGAAGGAAACCUCUGAGAAACCUCAACAGAGACAGAGAUCACAUAGUGAAUCAAGCUCUAAGUACCAUCACCUUGGAACCAUCAAGAAAAAGAAAUCUACUAAAGAAUCACCUAAAGUGAAAUCACCUGAAACAAGGAAUGUCUUGAAGGGGGCAGUAGAUGAAGACUUGCUGGUCAGCAAACAGAAACACACUAUGUUGUGGUUGUUAAACUCUACUUCUUCGGAGCAAGGCGAACAGAUCACUCCUUCAAAACCAGUGAAGCAAAAGACACAUGAUCAAACUGUAUCCCCAAAUUCAGAUCCUCAAAAAUCAAGCUUCAUUGUUGUUGAGGAUAAGAAGGGCUGGGCUAAACGGAUAUAUAGUGAUGGAAGCAGUGGUGUACUGUCCGGAAUGGAGCCUGUAGGGAGGUCUCCAUACAGUUCAACAGACAGUAGUGGCUGUCAAAAAAGACAUGGUGAGAGUAGCAAAGACUUGCAUUUGAAGAAAAGAUUAAAGUUGCAAAAGAAAAACUCUAACACAACUUCAUCAAACCAAGGUGGUCCUAGCUAUGGAGCAAUCUUAAGCAUUGCAAAGCAAAAUUUAAGUAAUGGACAACAUCCAUUGGAUGGUAAAGUAAAUGAUCAGAUACAGGUACCAGACAGAAUCAGAAGAAAUUCUCAUCAGAGUGGUAGUGACACAGAGCAACGACCAUCAAAGCACAAGCUGCAAGAAGGAUUAUUUGAUUGUGACAUCGACAAAGUUGAACGAUUGUUCAAAGAGUCACUGGCAGCAGUGCCAGAAAUGCAACAACAGUCGCAGACAUCUGCUGACAGGCAGAAAUUGAAGAAGCAGUCUUCUGCUGAAUCCCAUACAAGUUCAGAAUCACACAUGAACUCUUUAUCCACUAACAGAAUGGAUGAGAUCUCCUUAGAAAAGGUGGGAAGACUAUUUAAUGCUUCUUUGAACACAGUGUCAAAGACUACUGAAUCAGUCAAUUUGUCACCCAAAAAGGAGCCCAUCAAACAUCCCUUGGAUGAAGCUCAAUCACCCGAAAGACCCAAAUACACCUGCACUCUUAAAAGUACAGAAAGCAGCUCAGAGCAAAGUGACAAGCACAUUACAAUGUCAUUCCGCAGAGUUGUCGAAUUGUCCAAGAAGUCUCUAGCUGGCCGUCAUCACAAAUUUCAUGAGAAGUCCAUCAAACGACUCCGCCUCGAGGCAUGCUCAAGGGCAGUUCGUAUUCCUCUCAAACGGCUCCGGUUGAAGUCAGAUAGGAUAUUUCUCACAGAUGAAUUCAUUGAGAGACUAGGAAGGAACUCCUCAUCGAUCAUUGUCAACACUGCAAGAAAGCACAACUUUUCUGAAGGAAAGAAACAGACAGGUCAUAAGCAUAAACCAAGGAGAAGGGCAUUGCCAUUAUGCAGCUCAUCAGAUCCAGAUGCACCAUCUGCUUCAACCAGCCAUCAGACACCAGUGCAGUAUGACCUACCCCAGAGGCAUUCUUUAUCAGAUUGUCCAGCUCCAAGUGAAUCCAGCAUCUCAUCUAAUGUAACACCAGGUGUCACAGAUCUCUUUCAGGAGCUGAGCUCUGACCCCUCCAAAACUGACAAGCCUUUAGAAUCCUCUACACCUCGUAGUCUGCAAGGAAACUCCAAGGUACAGUUGUCACCUAAGCUGUCAGGCAGUAUUUCAAAGCUGAAGCAAAAGAUUGGGAAGAGGCUCAAGGCAGCGGUUCAAGGAGACAGACCCGGAUGCUCCAGUGGUGAAAUAGAGAGUGAUUCCACAGUGCGGGGUUCAUCUGUAUCAGAGGGGUAUUCAUUUGGAGAUGCAGAUUUCAUUCCCUUUAAUUCUGAAGUGGGGGAUGUGAUUUUUGAGGAGACGGUAGCUACAGAGAAGGUGGACGUAGAUGAUUGUGAGCAAUCAAAUGUAGACCCAUUAAUGGACACUUUGGUUGAAGAGGUAGUCAGUGGUGCUUCAGAAGGUUAUCCUUCACCAGCAAGUGCUGCAUGUCCUGCUAGUGCUGAUCAAACUGCACUUCUAUCAUGCCAGUUAGAGAAUACCCAUUCUGAUGAUGAAUGUAAUGGAGGAGUAGAGGAGACACUAAAUGAAGAGCCAUUAUCAGAUGGAGAUCUAGCUACAACAAAGACAGGUGAUGACAAGCCAAAUCUUGUCCCCCAAACCGGAGAAACAAGUUUGACGUCUGAGAAGUCAGAGAAUCCAUGUACCAAACUAAGAACUGAUUCUCCAGCCAUGCAACGUGAAGCACACCCAGUAUCAUCACCAUUGCAUGAAACCCUAGCCCCACCAGGCCGGCGACCUGGAGAAGUCCUUGGAGAAGCUGCUGAUGCUGCACAAGAGGCGGAGGAAGGGUGCUCAGGGGAUGCGCUUGAUGACAGUGAGAGCUUGCCUGAUGUUGACAUCAAUGCAGGAGAUGAAGAUUUACAGGAUGGUGGUCAUGAUAGCAGCUCAGACAGUAUGGAGAUGGACUUUGAGUCCAGUAUGGUCACCACUGAUGACAGUCAGCCUACAAACACACCAACAAAAAUCAUGAAGGAAGUCACUCAGCUAGGCAAGCUAUCUGUACCAGGAACUCCUUCGAAGCCUUAUCCUUUCCCACUGAAUGAUUCAAUGAGCCCAGUUAGGUUGUCACAGGAAAUUGGCGAUGAGGAACCUGUGAAAAAGAAAAUCAAAUUGAAGCACAAUCUGAAUAAGCUGUUGGACAUAUCGAAAACUACAAAGGAGUUUGAGGAAAAGUUCAAACGUCUGAAGCAAGAUGUGAACAAGGGGGGUUUUGCCAGACAGCUAACGGAGCUCGAGAAGGCUGGAGACGGUGACCUUGACAUAGGCUCAGAUGGUGGGGAACUGGAAGAACGUGCAAACAAAUUGCUCAAAAAGUUUUGUCCUGAUGAUAAGCAAGAGAUACCGAAGGUCCAUCCGGGUGAAGAUGUCUUUGAUCAGACAAAACUCAGACAGAUCUUCAACUACGCUGACCACAUGGCCUCACUGGAAGGUUGUGGAUUUAAGCCUGAUAAACCAAGUGCACUGGAAAGUCUGAUGCUCAAAGCAACAGCAGAUGAAAUGGUUGAAAUGCUUAGGACGUUUGCCGUAGAGAUGACCUACCAUUCUAAACCAUGCCCUCCAGCCUUCAUGCUCUGGCUUCUAAGACUCAUGUCUGUGCAUACUGAUUGUAAUGUAGUUAACAAGGCAUACCAGACCAUGUGGUCCAUCCUCAACACGUGGCCAGUACAGCAUCCUGACGUCGUGCCUUGGGCGCCGUCUGUGGCUGAAAUCACCCAGAUCUUGGUCAAUUAUGGUGCAUCAUUCAAUGAGCUUCUACCGCAGGGCCUUGUACAUCCAGAAUUUGAUGAAAGCUCCAUUAGACCAAGGAAAGAUGCAACUAACCAACAGGUGGAGAGUGCUUCAUCCUCUGCUGCUGACCUCACGGACGCGGAGAAGGCACGUUACCAUGGCAACAAUCUUAUGAAGGUCAUCAAGAUCUUGACCCUUGCUCUCAUCACCAGGAAAACUGUCAAUCGGUUCCCUUACACAGAAGAGGAGAUAUGCUGCCUAGCUUUUCUUGUAUGCAAAGCAUCUCUUGAGACUUACUUCAUCAAGAAAGCUGUGGAGAAUGAUUUCACUCUAUGUCUUGUAGCCCUGUUUGCAUGUGUGCCUGAAGCCUCUUGGGCAAGUCAGGCUGAACGUCUGUGCCAUGUUUUACCACACGUUACUAGCCAUCAUCAUAACCUGGUUUACAUCACACAUCUCAUGCCUGGAUGUACCGAGAGGGGCAGGUACAUCUCAAGACAACUAGCGUACAUGUGUCUAAAAAAGCUUACAUCAGACGAACCAGAGCAGAAUUGCAAUGGCUUCCGUCCUGAACUCAAGGUUCAGUAUGUCUUGGACCUUGUAGACUCUGUGGCCAGACCUACGAAAGAGACGGACUACUACAGACUCCACAGCAUAAUCCAGAUCCUGGACCUAGCCGUCGGUAGCGAGACCAUGGAUAAGUCCGAGAAAGAGUCCUUGCAGUCACUCAACGGCAAGCUCAAGAUGCUUGUCAGCUACAUCAAGGAUGAGUCUGGGAACAUCAGCAAGUCACAGGUCAAGGAUCUUAUUCUUAGGACAAACCUGAGGCUGACUCUUAUGGAUCAAUCAAUUAUCUCUGAUCAGGUGAAUCUGUUCAACCGCUCGCUGCCUCUGACUCGGAUCAAGGAGGAGAACAUUGAGGAACACUUCCCAAAAUCCCAGGAGGAUGCAGUCUCAAUCAGCUCUGAGGAAGGAGAAGACAGGAUAGGUGAUCUGGACGAAGAUGAGGGCGAGGUGAAGGACCAUGCACCAGAUGCAGCAUAUUUACCUGAGAAGACCUGAAAGAUGGAGUCAACGAGCUCAGGGACAUCUUGCAACAAACUUUAUGAACUAUGGUCAAGAGUUACCACUGUUAAUUCAUGAGAGAAGGACAUGAUAAAUGAGAACAAGGUAGAGUUUUGGUGCCGAGGAAUAUCUUGCAACCAAUUGUUUUGAGAUGAUGCAUCAAGUUAGCAGCGUUGUACACCAGAGAAAACCUGGUAAAUGGAGAUGCAGUCAACCUUUGAUUAGGUGCCAAGGAACAUGAUGAAAAAAAGUUGUUAUGUCAUACAUGUAUUUUGUAGAACAAAUGCAGCAGUGGGGUCGUUAAUGUGCAGUAUUUAAAGCUUUCCACAUUAAUUAAGGUGAGUUUAAGGAAAGGAAAUAUAUCUAAGUCUCUUGCAAUAUCUGCUAAUGUUUUCUUGAAGAUAUGGCUACACUUUGAUAUCUGAAUGGUGAAAUCGAUUAUGCUUGAGAUUACAACAAUAUUUGUGCAGCAUUGACCUUGGACGUAUACAACAUAUGUAGCUACAAUCAAUGAACAUUAGGAAGGAAUUGAUGGAAAUUUGAUCUAUUUAUAUAUCCUUUGAGGUUUAUCGUAAAGAUAUCCCUAAACAUCGAGUGUGAUGAUAUUGAUUACGUUUGAGAAGAGAGACGUGGAGCUAAAUACUGCAUGAUUAUGCUGAUGAAUGGAAAGUGCACAUUCCUAUGAAAGAGAUUUUUCAAAAAAAGUUUCAAGCUGAAGUAUAUUUUUGCAGCAGGUCAAAAAAUAUGAGCCUUUGUUUAGAUAGUAGCCUGAAAUUCAAAUGUAUUUAAAAAUCUAAAUUUUCCGAGUCAUGUCAUAAAAUUGUUUGUAAGUUUAUGAAACAUGGAAUCCUGUGUAACCAUGACAACAGUCCUCAAGAGCCAAUCAGAAUCAAGGAAUACAUGGAAGUUAGCAUAAUAGUAAUGUACAUGCAACAGGGCACUGGACCAUAAGAGCUGUUCUUUGAUUCAAACCUUUUCAACAAAUGGAAUUCUGUUUGUUGGGCACCCUGCAAUAGUAAAAAUGGUGCGAUUUCAUUUUAGAGAGAUCACUUAGUGUCCUAAUUCAGAGAUUUUAUAAGCAGGAAUGUUGUCAAGGGCAGCCUCAAGGCCACAUUUUGCCAUCUGUGUCAUUGGCUUCGGGCCAAGUCACAUGUACAAAGUCUAUUGGAGAAGGUUUUCUCCAGCGACCUUGUGACUUAGAAGUACUGGUCUCGAGUACAUACCUGCUUAAACUGUACACUUUCCUUCAUGGAAAUCAAUCUAAAUGAUUUUGAUUAAUAACUUUGAAAAUAUACUGUGAAUUAACCAAAGUUUAAAGGGAUCGUUUAACUUUGUGAGCAGCUGAUUUAAAAAAUUCUCAAACUGAGACAAAACAUGUGUAUGAGUGCAUGUAUUUGUCCUCAAAAACCCUGAAACAAACCACAAUAUAGAAUGAAAAACUCUAAUUUAGAUACAAGUAGCAAUUUAUUAGCUUGAUUAUGAGAACCGUCUAGUAGACAGGUUAAGCUAAUGACCAGUUUACUCCAAUUCAAAAAGUCCGUUGGCUAUUUUGACUGCCUUCUGUUGUGUGUAUCUCCUAUUCACACACACACGCUAUUAGCUGCACUGAACAUUCAGUGUAUACCUAGUACACACUGUAUGUAGGCCAUGCUGUGUUCAUCUAGAGUUCGUGUGUUGUGGUGCACAUGUUCACUGUAUACACAUAGUCAUUGAAACCAACUCCCAAUUAUUUUCAAACUUUGGUUUACAUCUUUAAGGUUUUAAAAUUGAUCCUGUGGAUAUAAUACUUUGAGACUUUUGGGAUGGUAUUUUUACACUAUAAGCCUAAUGUUAAGCCCAUUUUCAAGAACCAAAAUGAGAAUUUUGUGAACUGAUCACUUUAACCAUCUUUACUUUGUUAUAUCUUUAUAUCUUUUAGUUAUGAAAACUAAAUACUUUGAUAUUAUUUUCACAAGUGCAAUUACUGAUUUGUAUUGUAAAUAUUUAUGUGACAGCUUUGUACAAAUCUGCAUGUGAAUACAACUUGCUGGAAUGUCCGUCUAGUGUCUCUUGAAGAAAUAGUUCAACCGGCAAUGUACUUGUACAAUGUGCAUGUACAAUCCUAUAAGCUAGUAGGAUUACUAAUUUGUAAGUAAGUUUGUUUACAACUCUAUCCCUGUGAAUUUUUAAAGAUGUGCUUGUCUACUGAUCAAUUUGGACUUUUAAGCUUCAUGAUAGUUCGAAGUAGUGUGCCAAGAAAAAGUUUAAACAGUAUAUGAACCAAAGAGUUUGGAAUAAGAAGGGUUUAAUUUUGAUUGCUUUUUUUUAGACAAUAAAGCUUAGCAACAUUUGUGAAUAAAAUCAGAGUGAUACAAGGUGGACAUAAGUGGUGUAUGUAGAGAUGGGGAGGUAUUUAUAUUGCCAGACUGAAAUUUAGGCUGUUGACCUUUUGUAUACUGAAGAAAGUUUGAGCAAAAUAUGUUGGCAUGAGUUGUCUGUGCACCAUUGCCACGUGUUUUAGCUGUUGCCAUGGAGACAGGUAUGGCCAUUUCUGUAGCAAUUGUCACACAGAGUGACAUUAUUUCUAUAACAAAAGGGUCUUACAAUCAAUUCUGACAUAUCUGAAUCAAUCGAGUCAACGUUUAUAGUUUUGCAUUGAAGAAAUUCAACUUGGAUAAAACACAAAUAUAAAAAUCAAAAAUUAAACUUUUCACUUAGUUUAUUGUUCCACCUGGUAGGAUUUACUUUACCAAGAUGUCAUAUUGUUUGUGUAAUAUGUGCCACUUUUGUUAUAAUAUAUGUAAAUAUGUUUAUGCAAAUGUAUUAACAGAGCAAACUUAACUAUCAAAUGAUAUAAAACUGUUUCCUUUAUUUGCCACCCAUUUUAUCAAACACAUAUCCGCCUUUAUUUACCCCCCUCCCACUCCUUGUUUACUAUCCUUUGUCUACUGUUGCCCCUACUUCUUCAUAGUUAACCCGUUGCCGAAUGGAACCGGGUGAUCCCUGUACAAAGUCUAUGGGAAUUACUAAAUUCAGUAUUCAACGGGUUAAUAUUCUCCUUAUAUAUUUACAAGGGAAAUCCUUUUGUUAAGUUCAUUCAUGAAUGAUGCAUAUUGCCCUCUUCAUGACAUACAAAGUCUAAUACUCUUCUUCUUGGGUCUCUAUGCUUGAAUAGUGUUUGAAGCGUUUGUUUACACCAUUACAGUAGAACGUAACACUUCAGCAUUUGGCUUAGCUCCAUAUGUUACAUGUACAUGCAAUGUUGUAAUGUGUAACUUGUCUCGGGGUGUUGUGAUAUGCCCAUCAUUUUCCAGCUACUUGAAUGCUGACAAAAUUAUUUCAUCUGACACCAUUUUGUAUUAAACCGAGCUAAGUUGAAAAUUGGUCUGUAGAUGUAUAUGAAUAUAACGGUCAUCGAAUUUAAUUUAUACACAUUCUUAAACCAAAAUUACACAUACUUGCAAUGUAUCACACCUUGUUCACUUUAAAAUGCCUCUUUCUUAGAGAGUAAAAUUGUAUAAGUUUCCUUUAAUAUUGAACAGAUAGAAACACAAUGUCAAAAAAAAAAAAUGUCAUUCUUGAAUUGAAUCAAAAUGAGCUGUUCUUUGGUUUAGGGUCAUUAAAAUGAUGCUCGACUGUGACCAAAGUCCUUGUUCAGUUUUUUUUUUAAUACAUUGAAACAGAUUUCCCAUGGACAGUGUAAAAAUUGGAAAGCAUUGUCACUUCAAUCAUUAAACUCCUUCGGUUUUUUGCUUUGGAGCCAUUUCAAUAUGUUCUUUGUUAAGAAUUUUGAUCUUUUCUUACAGAAAAUGUACACAAUCAUUCAUUGCCUUUUGUUCUAUGUUAAUUUAUGGUGUACCAUCACAGAACUUGCCUACUUUUUUGUGAUUUUUGUUUCCUCUGGUAAAAUGGUGGAUGGUUUUGUUCAAGAGCAUCACUUUUGUAACUCUUCUUGUACAUUUGUGAUGAAAAUGAUUAAACUUCUUUCAAAUAACAAUA